GGAGGACUCGAGGGUUUCCGCUCGAAUCUCCUCGACGCCGGCGACCCGUGAGCGCGAGCUCCACCUCCGCGUCCGUCCUCUCGUCGGCGGCGUCUUCCUCCUUUCCUCGGUCCAGGUAUGAAGAGGGCCGCGCCGGCAGAGGAGCCGGUGGAGCUCUCUUCCGACGACUCGUUGAGCUCGGAUUCCGACGAUGAGGCCGGGAAGGGGAAAGGAGAGAACUUCUUUCGGCUGCCCAACUCCUCCAAAUCUGCAGCUUCAGCAGAAGCAGCCAUGUCAAAGAAGAAGAAACCUGGUGGUGUGGAUUUCAGUGCUUUGAGCCGGCAUGGGUAUCGUGGCGGUCCAUCUGUACUGACAGUUGCUCCUCCAAAGGUCGAGCCUAACUGGACUUGGUCAACUGGGAAAGAUCGCAAUGAGAAGGAAGUUCUAACUGAGUCUUAUGAAGAGCGGGAACGCACAAGGGCUGCAGUUACUGAAGGAGAGAAGCUUAUCGGUGUGCGAAACCCCCAGCCAAGGCAGACAGAGAAAGAGAAGGAGGCUUCAUUCUCGCAGAAGGAGAAGAAGAAGAGAGACCGUGGACAGGCCAGCAGGGGAAAGAACUAUGUCGAGGAGGAGAAGCGGCUUCUGAGGGGAAGUGGGGUCUACUCUGGCUUUGAUACUUGACAUUGUCUAGAACAAGUGUAGUAAAGUUUGUGUGUGAGUGCAGUGGAUGUGUCCGUGUUGUUACAUUGCAUCAUCACUAUUGGUGCCUUUGUUGACAUGAUGCUGGCGAAGGUGACUUGUGCUCAACGUUGUACCAGAGCAGUGUUGGCAUUCAUCGUCAAUUCCCAUUUCUAUCUUCUCGUUUGUGCUCCCAUAUACAUCUUUGGCUCCCAUGUCUCUAUAGACUAUUCUUGUUUGUGAUCCUGAGGUGUUGCGAUC